CUAUCAUUUUAAUGCGUGCACGAAGUAGGCAUUGUCAUUUUAUUUAUGUCACUUCAUACUCUGUGGCUGAAGCUGUCUCCAUGGUGACGACCGGUAGCAGACGACGCCGAAACAUGGGAGACAGCGACGACGAGUACGACAGGCGGCGUGGGAGGGACAAGUUCCGAAGGGAACGGAGUGACUACCAGGAACGGGGCCGCGAUGAUCGCAGCCGUGGACGGGACGAUUGGCCAGAACGCCGCCGUGAUUAUCGAGACUAUGAUGUACGGAGGAGCCGAAGUGACCGUUACAGCCCAGCAAGGCACGAUAUGAGCCCCCCUGUGAAGCGGAUGCGGCGAGACUGGGAUGACCGAGGUGGUUACGGUGGCUUUGACGGUGGCGGCUUUCCGGUGGGCGGCCACCACCCGGGCGCAGGCGGUCCCUGGGGUGGCCCCCCGCAGGACAUGGGUGGCAUGGUGCACAUGGGUGGGCAACACGGUGGCUACGGACACAGCAUGGGCCAAGCUGGGGGUCCACAAAGGGAACCCGAGGCAGGCCUUACGCAGCCACCUAUGAUGACGUUCAAGCAAUUCCUUGGCUCUCAGGACGAUGGCAUUGAUGACCAGGAAGCCGUGCGCAAGUACAAUGAGUACAAGAUGGACUUCAGGCGCCAACAGCUUAACGAGUUCUUUGUCAAUCACAAGGAGGAAGAAUGGUUCAAGUCCAAGUACCAUCCAGAAGAAUGUGGCAAGCGCAAGACAGAGCAGGUGAAUGCCUUGAAGCGGCGCCUGGAUGCCUUCCUCAAGCUCCAUGAAGGUGGCUGGGUGGACGCCAUCAGCAUCGACGUGGAGAAGUCUGAUCGCAUCGUCAGGUUCCUUGACGCAGUGGUUAUCUUGCUGGAAGGUGGCACCGAGUACGAUCUUCAGGCAUUGGAUGAGCCCAUUCAGGAGGACAAGCCUUCCGAAGGGGCCUCAUUUUCCGCUGCAAGGGACGAAAAGGAAGCAGGUGAUAAGCCUGAAGCCAAGGAAGGGUCAUCUCAGGGUGGGGACGCACCAUCUUCACCGACUCGCUCGGAUGUGACUGCUGAUGACGACAAGCGGCACAAGAAAGCUGAUGAUGAGGAGGACGACGAGGAUGCCAAGUCAGAUUCUAAGCCGUCGGGUGGCGGCCGCAAACGCAGCUACAGUUCCAGCAGCCAAAGCAGUUCCAGCUCAGACUCUGACUCGGAUGACAGCGACAAGGAUGCCUCUGACGAUCAGGAUUCUGGUGUUCCGGGUGAGGAGAGUGGUGGGGAGAGCAAGAAGGCUUCGAGGAAGAGCAAGAAAAAGUCCAAGAGGCUCAGCAGCUCUCCUCAGGCAAAGAAGGCGGCCACCAAGGUCAAGGAGGAGAGGUCAGAGGAUGGCAAUGAGGAAGGCAGCAGCACCAAGGGCGAGCCAGAGGACGACGAUGAGGAUGGGCGCCCUGACUCGGUGGCUGACAGCAAGGGUAAGGGGGACGAAGAGGAGGACGAGUCCAAGGCCACAGCGGAUGAGCAGGACAAGAAGGGCGAGACUGGCCAGGGGGACGGGUCUAAGGCUGCCGAGAGCGAAGAGAAGAACCGGCCACGGCCCCUUCACCGGACUUGCUCCAUCUUCCUGCGUAACCUGGCACCCACCAUCACCAAGAUGGAAGUGGAAGCGAUGUGCAAGCGUUACCCUGGCUUCUUGCGGGUGGCCAUCGCGGACCCCCAGCCUGAGCGCCGGUUCUUCCGUCGGGGCUGGGUGACGUUUGAGCGCACCGUCAACAUUAAGGAGAUCUGCUGGAACCUCAACAACAUUAGGUUACGUGACUGUGAAUUGGGUGCCAUUGUGAACCGGGACCUGAGCCGACGGAUCCGGUCAGUAAAUGGCAUAGCUUCUCACAAGCAAGUGAUCCGCUCUGACAUCAAGCUGGCCGCCCGUAUCGUACACAACCUAGACAACCAGCGAAGCCUCUGGAUCCAGACUGAAGCUGGCACUGAGCCAGCUGGUAAUGCUGCAGCGGACCAGCUGUCUACCGUUGAGGGCUUCGGCGUGUCCUCAAAAAAUCCUUUAUUGAAGAACAUCACCGACUACCUGAUCGAGGAGGCAUCGGCAGAGGAGGAGGAACUUCUCGGAGGCUCCACAGACAGGGAAGAAAAUGCAGAUGCUGAAGACCCCUCGGCACCCGGUGGUACCAACAGCGAGAAGGACGAGAUGCUAAUAAAGGUGUUGGACCGUCUCCUGGUGUACCUGCGAGUGGUGCACUCUGUGGACUACUACAACCACAGCGAGUACGCCAGCGAAGACGAGAUGCCCAACCGAUGUGGCAUCAUGCAUGCCCGAGGGUCGCCACCUUCUGGCAAGGUCACACCACAGGAAGUGGCAGACUACAUCAGCCACUUUGAGGGCAAGAUUUCACCCUUCCUCCAGCCAUCAACCAAACUGAGUGAUGAGGAAGCCAACAGACUUGGCAAGAAGGACCCUGAAGCCGAGGUUGAGAAAUUUGUGGUGGCCAACACUCAAGAGCUCUCCAAGGACAAGUGGCUCUGCCCACUGUCCGGCAAGAAGUUCAAGGGACCUGAAUUUGUCCGCAAGCACAUUUUCAACAAGCAUGCUGAAAAGGUGGAAGAAGUGCGCAAGGAGGUGGAGUACUUCAACAACUACCUCUUGGACCCCAAACGGCCGCAACUGCCAGAGCACCCAGCUAACCGAGGAGGCCCCGGUGGUGGUGGCCGUGGCGGCGGGGGGGUCGGUCACGAGGGUCCUGGCAUGAUGGGUCCCUUCCAUGGUGGAUUUCCGCCACCACCUCCCUUUGGCUUUCCUAGGGGCCACCCCGGUGGAUUCCCUGGAUUCGGUGGUCGCAACUUUCCAGAUAUGUACAGAGCAGGGUUCAAGAGAAACAACUACGGACGAGGUCUACGUGGGGAACCAAGAGCGCUGAUCACCUACAGAGACCUUGAUGCUCCCAAUGACGUGGAGCUCCUCUAACCGAUAGUCUGCUUGUUUCAAUUCGUUUGUCAAUUGGCUGGAAGUCAAGAGAUAGUGCAUUCGAUUAGGUGCUGUCAGCCUGUUGAUAUAAGAAUUAACCCAUUCAUGCACUGUUGAACAUUAUUGUCUGGAACACGAGUCCCGAGAAUGAUGACUGCGCACAUGCCAUAAAAAACCAUAUGGCCUUUAUUGAUUCAUGGUCAUCACCAUGAAAUUUAUAGUUUUUCUUUUUUGCUGGUUGUUGGUCCAUGUCCAUACUGCAGAUGGUACUUUAGGCAUUUCCUGAAGUGUGAAAAGCACCACCUGUGUUGUGAAACGUGGAAUAUGUCAGUAGUUUCAGAAAGUAGAAGUUUUCCUGCUGUUGUUCCUGCUGUGUUGGCUUGUGUGUUCUGUGUGUUAGUGAUUUGCCCUUUAGAUGCCAAAGAAUUGAACUCUUCCAUACAAAUGACAACGUAAACAUAAUUUAUUCAACGUAUCACUUCUCUUUUUUUUUUUUUUUUUUUUUGUCGCACAAAGCCAUUGUCAUUUGCACAGUAGGAGUGGACUGUCCCAUUUCAGUAACAUACAUCAUACUCGCACAGACUUUGACACAUUAUGGGCUCUGAGGUGCAUUGUACAUGAGUAGAAGCAGUACACUGUCUGCGUUACCAAAAUGCUGCCUUGACUGCCACUUCGCAUGUUUCUUUCUUUUUUUUUUCAACUGCAGGCAUUACAUGCAUAAAAACAUUGUUGCUUGUUCUUUGUUAGAGCAUCAAAGCUGUUUUGUAUUUCUGUAUUGUUGAGAAAUUGGAAUAAAUAGGAGUAUGGGGGAGCGCA